CAGACUUAUACUUUGCAUCAUGUGAACGGCCCUGCCAUGAAUUGGAUUGGCCGAUGAUAUGUCGAUUCCGCCUGGUUUUGGAAAGUCAUCAAUCAAUGGGAGGGUUUGCAAGAAUGACAUAUUGGUAGUCGAUGUCGUAAAUCGGCUACCUGGACAAGGUGUAGCAAUACACUGGCGAGGACAAUCGCAGAAAGAAAGCCCUUAUAUGGAUGGUGUUCCAAUGAUAACUCAGUGUCCUAUAUCCAGCUAUACAACGUUUCAAUAUAAAUUUAGGGCUUCGCAUGCUGGAACACACCUUUGGCAUGCUCAUACAGGUAAUGAAGUCCUAGAUAAUUUGUUCGGAGCUCUGAUUGUUAGAAAAGCAGGCAGAAUGGAAAAAUCUAAAAGAUGGUAUGAUAAAGACGAGAAAGAUCAUACGCUAAUUUUUAGUGAAUGGGGCUCCAGCAUCUUAGUGAAUGGUGUUUCUUCUCCACGAGAUGACUUGGCUCCGACAUUAGUAGUUGACGAAGGUUUCAGAUAUAGAAUCAGAAUAGCCCAUGCAGGUGGAUCUGAAGGUUGCCCAUUUUAUUUCAGAAUUGAAAACCAUACGAUGUUAGUUGUAGUUCUCGACGGUGCAGAUAUUCAGCCAAUCCGGACUUCUGUUAUAAAAAUUGCACAAGGGGAGAGAAUAGACUUUAUUUUAGAGGCAUCAAAUGAACCCCAAACUUAUCUGGCACAGGUGGAAUCCAACUGCACUGAAUCCUUUGGUUUAGCAAAAAUUAAAUAUAGCACUACAUUGAAUGGUGCUAAACAUGUACCACAGCAUAUUCCACAGACAGAAUCUUUCCCGAUAAACAGGUUGGUCAGCACUGUGUAUAAUGAUGAGUGUGAUCGAAACGGUGCAAUAUGUCUCUCCCACAUGAGUUCAUUGAAAAAGAUUCCAGAAGAUCUCUCUCAGAAACAGGUCGACAUAAAAUUGUACCUUCCUUUCGACUAUGUUCUUUUAGCUGCUGGAAUGUCUGGAAUCAGAGAGCUUAGACCAAGGAUGAACAACAUAACAUUCAUGUUCCCUCCAUCUCCCAUCUUAAGCCAGGGGUUCCAGAAGGCAGCGAAGGGAUCGUCUGCGGUCAAAGAAAUACAAAAGAAUGUUCAGAAUCAUACUCUUUCUGAUAUUAGUGAUCAUGUUUUUCAUCUACAUGGACAGAGCUUUUACGUCACCUCUUUAGCUAAAAAUAUUCCACCUCUUCCAGUAUCAGAACUAAAGAAACUCGAUGAAAAAGGAUUGUUACUGAAGGAAAGAAACUUGAUUGAUCCUGUCAUCAAAGAUACAAUUACUGUGCCUCGUUCAGGCUAUUGGUUGCUCCAUGAGCAAAGCUCCUCAGAGUGGGCGAAGGGUCUGGACGUUGUCCUCAAAGUUGGCGGUAAGACUGAUCUCCCUCCUGUUCCUGACAAUUUUCCUACGUGUGGUUCUUGGGUAGGACCACAGUUCUUCUUGAUAUAGAAAAUAGGCUUUUGAUGAUAAUUUAUUAUAAUCAAGUUACAAAGCAAAAGCUGAAAUUGUGAUAACAAUAUAGUUGGUAAUCUAUGAGACAAAACAACUAUAUCUGGCAAAGCAUUUGAAGGGUUCGACCAAAUUUUGGUCUAUAUAUAUUUUUUAUUUCACAUAACAAUAAAAGUUUAACUCUAACCCCUUUUUCUACUUCAACCUCUUAUGGUAUGCCGUUACUUUAAAUUAAGAGUAUGUAAUGGAAACUAUUUCGAACUUAAUUCAGUGAAAACCGGAUUUUACAAAAAUGUAACAAAUACCAUUAUUUUGCCGAACCCUUUAAUUAUUUAAAUAAUCCUAAAUGUUAGGAUAAAUUUUCAAAUAAGUCAUAUGUUAAUUACUCUGAUGAAAUCAAUCAAAAUACAAAAUAUGUGAUAAAAGAAAGGAAACAAAGUUUAAAAUAUAAGUAAAGAAUGUAUUGUCAAAAAAAUGUAUAACAAAUUACAAAGGAAAAUUUAAAAUGAGAAAUUAAUAUAAUUUUCAAAGCGAACUCCCCAAAGAGUGUUCAAAAUAUUGUUUAUGAAUUUUUAAAAUUACUGUUAUUUAUUAUUUACAUGAGUGUCUCAUUUAACUGUUGAUGUGAUUUAAUAUUAUUGUAAAUAUGUCAUAAUAAUAAUUUUAUAACAUUAAUUUGAGCCAGUGAAAAUGAAACUAGAGUAAAGUUUCCAUAACAUGGAAUUUUUUUUAUUAAAAUAUAUAUAUAAUAAAGGCAAAAUAUAAAAAAAAAUUUUCAUCCAAC